GACGCGGACACGGGCUAAGCCCAGGAGAACAAGGAGGGCCAGCCCAAGAGAAGACGAAGGCCCAAUUGGCGGUUCGACCCGUCCACCUGGGAGUUGGGUGGAUAAGCCAGGGAGCGGCUGUGUGUGUAGGGGCAUCGAGAAUUAUCUAGAGUUGUAACUUUCCCCUUCCCCUGCUCUCUCUUCCUCCCCCGAACUCUACCUCUCCUGUAACAGAUCUCACCUCUCCUACCCCCAAUUCCUCCUGUACCGCCAUGGAUUCAAGUCAAUAGAGGUAGAGAUCGUAACAUAUGGUAUCAGAUUUGCCAGAUUAUCUCCAAAAACCCACCUUCUCCACGCGUCAGCAGCGCCACACCGCCCAAAUGGAGCAGCGGGUCGAUGAACUCGCCGCCACUCUCAAGUUGAUUCAGGAGCAAAACGCCUCGAUCCAGAAGGCGGUUGCGACGUCCACGGCCUUGUUCGAGGAGAUCAAGCCGUCGGUGCUCGAUCUGGCGGAGUGGCGACCAACGCUCGAGCAGUCCGUCGCCGAUCUGCGCUCGGAUCUGGGCGGGGUACGGCGCGACUUGGAUUCCGUCAUCAAGCAUCCCGCGCUGGCGCUCCAGCCGACCGAUCUUCCGCCGCUGAUUCCACGGCAAGGCGAAACAUCUGCGCCUUCUGCCAGAGACCCCAGGCCCGAUGGCCGCCGCGACGACAUGAUCACCGGGGGGCUGCGAACCGGGGUAGUGACUACCCUCGUUCCACCUCCGGUCACGGGUUAUCUUCAAAGCUACGACGUUGAUUAUAUGUGUCAUGGAUGCAGCGUGUGGACACACGAGAGGGCUUAUGGUCUUUGGGUGCAACCGUCAAAAAAUUGUUGCACUAAGUUUGUUCAUCCAGUUUGGCUGGCAUUGCCAGUAACAGAUUAUGUGGAGCUAUGUAGUUCUUUCAGACCCUUUCAGACCUACAAAUAGGUUGUGUUUUGCAACCUUUUUGUACUCAGUGAAUUGGACUUAUUUUGCUUAAUAAAUAGGUUGUGUGCAUCUUUCGAUGCA